ACACUUUCCCUUAUGGCUUUGAUAGUUUUUUAAGCCAUCUCUCGUGCUGUGGGAAAUCCCAAGAGCAGCAGUGUUGUGGCAUUUGCAGAGCAGGUCCCUGAUGCCUGUGCCCCUGUCCCCAGGGCAAUGCCAUCCGGACAGCCAAGUACAACCUGCUCACCUUCCUGCCCCUGAACCUCUACGAGCAGUUCCACCGCAUGGCCAACGUCUACUUCGUCUUCGUCAUCCUCCUCCAGACGUUCCCUGAGAUCUCCACGCUGCCCUGGUACACUCUGCUGUUCCCCCUGAGCUGCCUCCUCAUCAUCCGGGGACUGCGAGACCUCAUCGAUGACAUUGGCCGUCACCGCAGUGACAGGAACAUCAACAGCAGGCCCUGUGAGAUCCUGGCUGGGAGGAGGUUCUGCUGGCGGGAGUGGCGCCACAUCUGCGUCGGGGACAUCGUGCGGCUGCGCAAGGACAGCGUCGUCCCGGCUGACCUGCUCCUGCUGUGCAGCUCCGAGCCCAGCAGCCUGUGCUACGUGGAGACCGCUGACAUUGAUGGGGAAACCAACCUGAAGUUCAGACAGGCCCUUCUGGUCACCCACCAGGAGCUGCAGAGCGAGGAGAGCAUGGCUGCCUUUGAUGGGCGGGUGACGUGCGAGGAGCCCAACAGCCGCAUGCACACCUUCACGGGCACGCUGCGCUGGCGGGGCCGCAGCCACGCCCUGGAUGGAGACCGGAUCCUGCUGCGGGGCUGCCGCGUCCGCAACACCGCCCUCUGCUACGGCCUGGUGCUCUACGCAGGCUUUGAUUCCAAAAUCAUGAAGAACUCUGGGAAGAUCAAGAGGAAGAAAACCAAGCUGGACCACCUGAUGGACCGGCUGGUGAUCGUGAUCUUCCUGCUGCUGUUGGUGACGUCCCUGGGCCUCGCUGUGGCCUCUGGGUUCUGGGCCAGGACGUUCCAGGAGAAGCACAGCUACCUGGCUGCCCUCUACCAGCACACGAGCCCUGCCCACCAGGCCUUCCUCAACUUCUGGGGCUUCACCAUCCUCCUGAGCAUCAUCAUCCCCAUGUCCAUGUACAUAACGUUUGAAUUCAUCUACCUGGUGAACAGCUGUUUCAUUAACUGGGAUCUGGAGAUGUAUUAUGGUGCCAAGGACAUCCCAGCUGAGGCCAGGAGCACCAGCCUCAGCGACCAGCUGGGCCAGAUCCAAUACAUCUUCUCAGACAAGACAGGCACCCUGACCCAGAACAUCAUGAGCUUCAAGAAAUGCUGUGUCAACGGGACCAUCUAUGGUUCAGGCACAGACCAUGAGAACAAAGAGCCACGGGGCUCGGGGCUGAGCUGGGAGCACCCCAGGGAGCAGGAGUCGGGUGUUUGCGAUGUGACGCUGCUGGAAGCCGCCCAGAGGGACAAUGACCCGGUGCUGAGGGAGUUCCUGAGGCUGCUGGCCCUCUGCCACACCGUCAUGGUGGAGGACAGGGGCGACCAGCUGGUUUACCAGGCAGCCUCCCCAGAUGAGGAAGCGCUGGUGAUGGCAGCCAGGAACUUGGGCUACGUCUUCCUGGCCCGGACUCAGGACUCCAUCACCAUCAGGGAGCUGGGCAGGACCAGGACCUACGAGCUGCUGGCCAUGCUGGACUUCAACAGUGACCGCAAGAGGAUGUCUGUCCUGGUGCGAGACCCCCAGGGCAGCAUCCGGCUCUACACCAAGGGUGCCGACACCGUCAUCCUGGAGAGGCUGCGGAGCCGAGGGCCCCGGGAGACCCUCACCGAGAGGGCUCUGGAUCGCUUUGCGGAGGAGACGCUGCGCACGCUGUGCGUGGCCAGCAGGGCGGUGAGCGAGCCCGAGUUCCGCGCCUGGAGCCGGAGGCACCGCGCGGCCGCGGCGCUGCUGCGGGACCGCGCCCGGGAGCUGGACAGGCUCUACGAGGAGAUGGAGCAGAACCUGCAGCUGCUCGGGGCCACAGCCAUCGAGGACAAGCUGCAAGACGGGGUCCCUGAGACCAUCCAGCUGCUGAAACUGGGCAACAUCAAAGUGUGGGUGCUGACAGGAGACAAACAAGAGACCGCCAUGAACAUCGGCUACGCCUGCAGGCUGCUGACAGACGACAUGGAGAUCCUGGAGGAGAAGGAGGUCAGUGAGAUCCUCCAGGCUUACUGGGAGAGCAACAACAACCUCAGUGGCCAGGGGGACGCCCCGUGCAGCCUCUCCCAGCAGCGCCCAGAGACUCCGUGCCACAAGAGAGCCAUCAUCAUCAGCGGGGACUUCCUGGACAAAAUCCUGCACACGGGAGAGGUGCUGAAGGAGAAGAAGAGGUGGCCGUGGCAGUGGCUGUGCUGUGGUGGGGCUGAGGCCUUGCAGGACCAGGGGGCCCUGGUGGAGAAGGCCUUUGUGGACCUGGCCACCAGCUGCCAGGCUGUGAUCUGCUGCAGGGUGACCCCCAAGCAGAAAGCCCUGAUGGUGCAGCUGGUGAAGAAGCACAAGAAGGCUGUCACCUUGGCCAUCGGGGACGGGGCCAACGAUGUCAACAUGAUCAAAACCGCGGACAUCGGGGUGGGCAUCAGCGGGCUGGAGGGGCUGCAGGCCGUGCAGUGCAGUGACUACGCCCUGGCCCAGUUCUCCUUCCUGCAGCGCCUGCUCCUGGUGCACGGCCGCUGGAACUACCUGCGCAUCUGCAAGUUCCUCCGCUACUUCUUCUACAAGACCUUCGCUGGCCUCCUGGCCCAGGUGUGGUUCGCUUUCCACAGCGGAUUCACAGCCCAGCCUCUGUAUGAGGGCUGGUUCCUCGCACUCUACAAUAUUUUCUACACUGCCUACCCCGUGCUGUCCGUGGGCCUUUUGGAGCAGCAGGAUGUGAGUGCCAAGAAGAGCCUGGAGUUCCCUGAGCUCUACGUGGUUGGGCAGCAGGACGAGCUCUUCAAUUACCGUGUUUUUGGUGUCACCCUCCUGCAUGGGGUGGGCACCUCCCUCAUCAGCUUCUACAUCACACUCUGGGCCUUUGAGGACCACGUUGGCACCAAGGUCGUGGGUGACUACGAGUCCUUCUCUGUCACAGUGGCCCUGUCAGCGUUGCUGUCGGUCCUGGUGGAGAUUGUCCUGGACACUCAGUACUGGACAGUGCUGUCCUUCCUGAUGGUCACAGCCAGCCUGCUCCUCUUCUGCCUCUUCUCCUUCCUGACUCAAACUGUUGAUGCCUACAGGAUAGCCCCUGCCAUCUUCCGCUUCCCAGAUGCCAGCUGGAAUGCCCUGACCGACCCCUAUGUGCUGCUCGUGGUCCUGCUGUCCCUGGUGGUCAACACCCUCCCCUCGCUCACCGUCCGCGCUGUCCGUGCCAUCCUGGGCAGAGCCACCACCCAGCAGAAGAUCCACCUGAGGGCAAGGCGGGACCCGGAGCCCCCGGUGGAGCUGCGCUCGCACGUCCCCCGCGGCUCCUUCCGCCGCUCCAGCUACGCCUUCUCCCACCAGGAGGGCUACGCCGGCCUCAUCACCCGCGGGGACAGUCUGUGUGCCAGGGACAGUCUGCGUGCCGGGGACAGUCUGUGUGUUGGGGACAGUCUGUGUGCUGGGGACAGUCUGUGUGACAGGGACAGUCUGCGUGCUGGGGACAGUCUGUGUGACAGGGACAGUCUGCGUGUUGGGGACAGUCUGCGUGUUGGGGACAGUCUGUGUGCUGGGGACAGUCUGCGUGUCAGGGACAGUCUGCGUGCUGGGGACAGUCUGCGUGCCGGGGACAGUCUGCAUGCUGGGGACAGUCUGUGUGCUGGGGACAGUCUGCGUGUCAGGGACAGUCUGCGUGACAGGGACAGUCUGCGUGACAGGGACAGUCUGUGUGUUGGGGACAGUCUGUGUGCCAGGGACAGUCUGCGUGUUGGGGACAGUCUGUGUGCCAGGGACAGUCUGCGUGUCAGGGACAGUCUGCGUGACAGGGACAGUCUGUGUGCUGGGGACAGUCUGCGUGCUGGGGACAGUCUGCGUGACAGGGACAGUCUGCAUGCUGGGGACAGUCUGUGUGCUGGGGACAGUCUGUGUGUUGGGGACAGUCUGUGUGUUGGGGACAGUCUGCGUGCUGGGGACAGUCUGCGUGACAGGGACAGUCUGUGUGCCAGGGACAGUCUGCGUGCCGGGGACAGUCUGCGUGCCAGGGACAGUCUGCGUGUCAGGGACAGUCUGCGUGACAGGGACAGUCUGCGUGUUGGGGACAGUCUGUGUGUUGGGGACAGUCUGUGUGCCAGGGCCACCCCCAGCACUGCCCUGUGUGCCCCGUGCCCCCAGGGCACCCCGGCUGUGCCCUCGGUGUAGCUGUCCCCACCCUGGGGGGCCGGAGCAGGAGCAGCAGGGGCACACCUGGCUGGUCCCUCCUGCCAGGGGCCACCUUCCAUCCUAUCUGAUGGCUUUGCAGAGGGGCUGGCCCAGCCUGGGGGGCUCCUGCUGCGGCACCAUGACCCCCACACUGGCUUUGCAGAGCUGUACAGCUGGGACAGCCACUGACCACUUGCCACCACGCUCGCUGACCUCUGCCACCAGCUGCCCACUGCCACCAGGCUCGCUGAUUGCUGCCACCAGGCUUGCUGACUUCUGCCACCAGGCUCACUGACCUCUGCCACCAGGCUUGCUGACCUCUGCCACCAGGCUCCCUGACCUCUGCCACCAGGCUCGCUGACCUCUGCCACCAGGCUCGCUGCCCACUGCCACCAGGCUCACUGACCUCUGCCACCAGGCUCCCUGAUUGCUGCCACCAGGCUCACUGACCUCUGCCACCAGGCUCGCUGCCCACUGCCACCAGCUGCCCACUGCCACCAGGCUCGCUGAUUGCUGCCACCAGGCUCGCUGACCAUUGCCACCAUGUUCCCUGCCUGCUGUCACCAGGCUGGCCCUUGCCCUGUGACCCCCUGGCUGGCAGCCCAGCCCCCUUGGCUCUGCCGAGCCCUUGGAGCCUCUGGUGUGAGGCUGAUCCCAGCCCAGGCUGCGCCCACAAAGGCAGUGCUGCCGACCCAGACUCAUUAAUUAACUCUGGAUUAAUUAACUGCCCCAUGGAGAGCAGCAGGGGCCUGGGGGGGUGCAGCCCCUCAGCCCUGCUUGUUCCCACCCACCGGGGACUGAGCUGCAGUGGCUGCAGGAAGAACCUGGUUUUGUGCUCUCCACCAAGGGCUGGCCAAUCCUGUGGCUUUUCUGUCAGGUCACGCAGACCUGGAGUGGUUUGGGUGGUGUUGGAUUAUGGGUAUUUUGAUUUAGAGAUGGGGUAACUGAGAGAUGUUUUAAAAACUUUUAUUCUGUUUUUAGUCUCAUAGAAGAGUGAGACAUUACAGAUGUUAUAAUUUAUGCUGUGACAAUAGGAAGCUGACUAUUUCUUGAUUACAAGACAUUGGAAGUGUUUCUUGGUUUAUCAGCUUUUGCAACACUAUGUUGUAAAUGCUUUAAAGCCAUUAAUCUAAAUUACUCUUCAUGGGUUUUAUUACAAUGUAUCUUUCAUAGUUCUAUUUCUUUAAACUGUCUAGUAUUUUGAAACUUUUUUCUAGUUCUAUUUUACUCUUAACAAUGCCUGUCCUAUUCCAUGGCAUUUCUAAGUCAGCAUUUUUUAUCUCAAGGUUUGCAUACAGGUGCACACUAUUUUCUACAAAUUUAUUUCCUACAUGUGGGACCUUAAAGCUCAUCCCAUUCCACCCUCUGCCAUGGGCAGGGUCACCUCCACCAGCCCAGGUGGCUCAGACUCAAGCAGAGUAACUUUAAAAUAUCUCCUAAUUUCUGGAGAGGCAGCUAGGUAUGAUUAAUUGAUUGAUUGAUUGGUUUUUCUUCUCCAGUCAGACCAGCCUGGCUCCUGCAGCCUCCUUGUCCCUCCCACCACUCCCAGCUCCUGCCUUUGCUGUCCCUGCACAAGGGGCAGUGUCCUCUGCAUGCCCUGCCCCAUCUCCACUCCCCCAGCUCUGGUGUCCCCACCUUUGUGCUCACAGGCUCUGCAAAGUCCCAAAAGCACUUCUGGGGGGGAUGUGGAGAAGUUCUGCCUGCUGGGCACAGGGGACACGUCCCACAGAGCCAGGGCCACCAGCAGUGGCUGCUGGAGAAGCUGUGUGUGAACAACUGACUGGUGACUGGGUCACCCUUUUUAUGGGUUUUGGUUUUUAAUUAAAAGGAGUUUUUAGCUUUUCUCUCCUCUCCUGGAAACCUCUGCUGUGCCAUGAAGGGUGAAAGCAGCACUGAAAGGUCCCGUGGUCCCUCUCUCUGUGCCAGCAGUGCUCGUGCCAUGGCAAAAGGCACAGCAGGAGAAGAAAUCUGGGUAAAAAGAUGCACAAUUAAAUCAUCCACGGGGGCUUGGCCCUGCCUGCA